AUACAGCAAGACUUACGCGUCGCCUGUAAUAUCUCACAUGUAUUACCUACCUUUCGUAAUUCGCACGUGUAGUUGUUCACGAAUUAGAUCGAUAUCCGCAUGAGUAAAUCAAAGAUCCAAGGAUGGCGUAGCAAACUUAAAACGAUUUUUCUGUGCUUAAAAACACUGCAUGCGAGUCUGUCUGUAGUAAACUUUGGUUUAUUACACCAGAACUAGCGAUAAAGCGUAAUUGUUUUCUUUCUGGUGUUGACAAUCAGAUUGGAAUUUAAUUUUGUCCUGUGACUCUUCUACAUAGAAGGCAGUGACUCAGCUGACUAUUUUGCGCACAAAAAGCAGAAGUUCGCAGAAAGCAGUUGUGGUUCAGCAGUGUUGAGAAGUGGACGAGUGCGUGUGGUGCAUUGCGGGGUUCCUAUACACGAAGCAUCCUUUCCCACUUUUUUGAAAAUCAUACCCUUGGUGAUAGUUUUCGUGAGAAAGUUAUUCAUGUGUCUAAGGAGCCGCAGCAUUUGCGGAGAAAUUGUUCUAUACGUAAACCUGCUUAAUGUAUGAUGCAUAAAUCUAUUGCGUGUCUUUGGACUCAAAUUAGAACGUUUUUAUAAAAUGAGUGAAGUGUCAGAGACUCUAAAAAAUAAGGUUUAUUUCGCUGCUCGUGAUGGGUGUGCUGUCCUUCUGUGCGCAAUUUUAUCAGAGAAAACCCCAGCAGAAGUACAAGAACUACUUAAUCAACAGGUGAUAGAGGAAGAUGGACAGAAAUGUACACCUCUUAUUGUAGCAGCGAGACAUGGACAUGACAGGUUAGUCAAGAUGCUGCUUUCCAAAUGCCAACCUGACAUAGAGCAAGAGGGAACUGUGAAGUUUGAUGGCUAUGUUAUAGAAGGUGCCAGUGCAUUGUGGUGUGCAGCAGGAGCCGGCCAUCUAAAUGUUGUCAAAACAUUGGUUAAAUCAGGUGCUAAUGUUAAUCAUCCUACUAGAACAAAUUCAACUCCAUUGCGUGCAGCAUGUUUUGAUGGUCGGCUGGAUAUUGUGAAGUAUUUAACAGAGCACAAUGCUGAUAUUCACAUAGCAAAUAAGUAUAAUAAUACCUGCUUAAUGAUUGCUGCCUAUAAAGGUCAUCUGGAUGUAGUGAGCUUUUUGUUGGAAAAAGGUGCUAACCCAGAUGAAAAGGCACACUGUGGAGCUACAGCUUUACAUUUUGCCGCUGAGUGUGGACAUGUUGCAAUUGUCAAGGAGCUGCUGGACUAUGGUGCACUUAUAACAAAAAAUGAAAAUGGUAUGAGUCCACUGAUUGCUGCAGCUGAAAGAACAAGAGCAGAUGUUGUAGAAUAUCUCAUUACGAGGCCAGAAGUUUCUCGACAAGAGAAAAUAGAUGCAUUAGAGCUGCUGGGGGCCUCAUUUGCAAAUGAUAAAGAUAAUUACUGUCUUCAACGAGCUUAUUACUACUUACAUCAUACUAUGGAAAUGAGGUACAGUGAUCCAAAUGAUGUUGUGCAGAAGAAGCUCUGCAAACCAGUUCCAGCUUAUGAAAACUGGGUGGAAUGUCAAACACUAGAAGAACUGGAAGCCAUUCAAAAUAACCAAAAUGCUUUACAUAUGGAAUCCUUGGCAAUUCGGGAGAGGAUAUUGGGUACUCAUAACCCUGAAGUGCCUCAUCCUGUUAUCUUUCGUGGGGCAGUCUUUGCAGAUAACGCUAGGUUUGAUCGCUGCAUUGAAUUGUGGCUCCAUGCUCUUCAUCUUCGUCAAUUAAAUAAAGUGUCAGUUGUCAAAGAUCUACUAAGAUUUGCACAGGUGUUUUCGCAGAUGGUUCAUGUUGGAGUUGAACUGACAUUUCCACACGUUGAAAAUGUGUUAAAUGCAUGUGUUAUUGAACUUGAAAGGAAUAAAGAAAAGAUGAUCAAUCCUGGUCCCAAGGAUGAUGUAGAGCAAGUAAUGGAAGAAUUUGAAAGCAACAUUACAACUGUUUUGUAUAUACUGGUCAUCAUAACAAAAUUAAUGAAAACAUGUACAAAAAAAGAAGAGUUUCGAGUAAACAGUUUAGUUUAUAGAUUGAAUAAGUUGAAUGUAGCAACAAGAGAAGGAAAAACGUUACUACAUUUAUGUGUUGAUGCAGAAACACCUGUUGAUGAUUUCCAUACCAAUGAUGUAUGCAAAUUCCCCUGUGCUACAACAGCUAAGUUACUGAUUCAAUGUGGUGCAGAUGUGAACGCGAUGGACAGUAACAGAAAUACUCCAUUACACGUGAUAGUUAGCUAUCAGAAGCCAAUUAGUGACUUCUUGACGCUCCAUGCAAUUAUAAUGGAUUUGACUGAAGCUGGAGCUCAUAUGGACACAGUCAACAAUCAUGGGGAAACACCGUUUCAAGCAGCAACAUCAGGUGUGGCAGAAAUAAUUCUGCGAACCCAAACAAAGUUAAGUUUAAAGUGCAUGGCUGCAAAAGCUGUGAAAUCUUUCAAUCUGACCUAUCAAGGACAUGUACCACAGUCUCUGGAAAGUUUCAUUGAAUUGCAUGGGCCUGCAGUUAAACAAGGAUGACAUAAAUGAUGUUCCUAGGACAAAAUGCCUGUCAGGCACCAUUAGUGUGAAUUAAGUGUAAAAUCACGACUUGCCAAUUAUUUUUUACUUUUUUACAUUUGUAAAAAGUUUCAUAUUAGUGCACAGAAAAGUGAUAAGACCUGAACUUUCAUUGUAGCCUAUUUACAAUGGAGUUGUGUGAGUGUAAGGACUUGUUUGAAUGUGAAUUUGUGGACAUCCUUUUUAAUUUAUUAUAAGUAAUAUUUGUGCUCUGCUGUUUGGAUGUAUGUACAUAGGAUUUGAAGCAGAAAAGGCCAGACAGAUAGCCAGUAUGUAAUUUAUUGUAAGAAAUGUUUUACAUGAAGUUUGAGUUAUUAUUGGUGUUGACGUAACUGUUUCUGUGAUAUUAUCUGAAGAUAAGUAGAUUAAUGGCAGCAUUUUUGAAAUGGAAUUGUCAGUCUUUAAUAGCAGAUUCUCUUGAAGUAUGUUGUUAACAUUCAACAUUGCUUUGCUCUUGCAUGAUAUACUGGAGCAAGUGAAAUAAAAAUCACUGUGAUACUAAAGCAAUGUUAUUUUACAAAGAUUCAUUAUUGGGUUCUUAUGAACUGUAUUUGAUUCAUUCUUGUAGAUUUUCACCUCUUGUUUUUAAAAAUGGUGCAUUUCCCAUAUAGUGUUGGUAUUUUUACUCACUGAUCAGUACCCAUUGUAAAGACAUGCAGUGUCUUCAUUUUUUUCUGAGCAUUUUGCAGAAAUAUUAUGUUUUGAAUGUUUUUUUUUUUUUUUUUUUUUUUUUUUCCAGUGAAAUAGUGGUGCUGUGUGUAUUUUCAUAGGAUGGUGGUGACAUUUCUGUAUGGUUCUUAAAUAUGUGGACACUAUGUACAUCAAAUUACCAGCAGAACUAUCAUGAAUAUUCAUUCAAUAAUGGAACUGGAAAGCUUUCACAGUUACAAAUAUUUCGUAUUUUUCAUAAAUUUCUCUUGCACAUACUCUUUUUUUAUUUAUUUGUUAAUGUGACAGAAGUAUUGACAAAAUGUUGUGUUGCUAUGCUGUAUCUGAUGGUUGAAAUCAAUUGACGUGGAAGGAUUGAGAGGAAGGUGGGAGUCCAAUACCCUCACUCUGUAAUACAUCACAGAAAAAUUUGGGAUUUAGUGUGCGAUAUUGACACACGCCCCCUGGUUACGAGGAAUUGCCUGGCCUAAGCUCUCCUUCUCUUUGUUAGCUAAAUUUUGACAAUGUUUCCACUGCUCAUACUUGAAAGUGCACUGUGUUGGAUUCCACUUAUCACAAAUACUUAAUAAAAUUUGCAAUUAUUGCAUACUACACACAAACUAUAUUGACAGUGCUGCAUCAUAUAAAAAAACUUUGUACUGCCUCUAACUGGUCAGCUACUACGUUUGUAAAUUUUUCCAUACAAAUAUGGUGUUUUUAUUCUGUGAUAAAAACAAAAAUAAUUAUUUAGGUGUGGGUUUUGUUAGCUAUAGGUGUUACAGCUUUUAAAAAUAUGAAUUUUGGAGGUAUGUUCAUGUUGGUAACUUUAGUGUUACCAGUCGCAGUUAUUACAUUAUUAUCAACUUAAAACUAAAUGGAGUACUAAUGACAAUAGUAUCAGAGUUAAAAAUUUAGCUUGACUACAUAUAUGGCCUCUUCCUACGCCCCCCCCCCCCCCUCCCUUAAAAAAAAAAAAGCGCGUUUAUGUUACUGUUCCCUGUACGUAACGUCUCUUGUGCCCCUUUCCCCAUGUUUCAUAUUUACAAUUUAUUAAUUAGUUUUCAUUGUAAUAUGUGUGUUAAUAUUUUGAUCUAAACCAACAUUGAACUUCCAAAAUGAAUUUGUGUAGCAAAAGGAUGUUUUGUGUACACUUGAGUCAUAGCUUACCUUGAAAAUUUUUGUUGUUUUAAGCUUUGUGGUACCUCUCUUUUACUGUCAUCAGUGAUUCUGUGCUACGUGGAACAUCAACCUGACAUUGUGUAGUUUGUUUCAGCAUCAUGAACAUUGAUCAGUAAGUGACCAUUACUGUGCAGUGGUAAAGGAAUUUGAAAUGAAGUCAGAGUUAUGGAUUACCAAAGAAAAACAUAUAUCCUAUUCCUCAUACUUGGUGAAUUGUAGCAUUGUCUACGUGAUCAUUAGCAAAAUUUACAUCUAAAUGUAGUAUUAUCCAAUUAUGCCCUUUAACUAUGAUUAUUUGGCAGAGAUCUUGCCUUACCUCGGUUAAAAUGAAUAAUGAAAGCAAUAUAUUAACGAAAAUUAACCCUUUCGCUGCUGUGUGUGUGUGUGUGUGUGUGUGUGUGUGUGUGUGUGUCAUAUAUAUAUCCUGCUACAACAUUCCUCACAAUCUUUGGCCAUGUAUACAUGCGCCGCUUGGGUUUUCCCACAAUCUGAAUGCGUCCUGAGCCACUGAGCCGGCCGGAGUGGCCGUGCGGUUCUAGGUGCUACAUUCUGGAGCCAGGCGACCGCUACGGUCGCAGGUUCGAAUCCAGCCUCGGGCAUGGAUGUGUGUGAUGUCCUUAGGUUAGUUAGGUUCUAGGCGACUGAUGACCUUAGAAAUUAAGUCGCAUAGUGCUCAGGGCCAUUUGAACCAUUUUAAGCCACUGACCUCUCACUACUGUGGAUGAGUUACUUCUGUUUCUUGGUGAAUAAAAAGUUUUGAAUAUUGUAGCAUAUGUGGCUUAUUGUAUGCUAUCAUUUGCAAGAAACCUCGUUUCGACAUCUUGAAUGGUUUGAGAUAUGAUGAUUGUUAUGAUGACAUAAUUCACUAUGAGCAAGGACGUGAAUGGGCAUCCUUCGGAUAUAAAACCUAGUAACUUGAGAAUGAAAUGAUCUGCUCCCAACUUUAUUUGAAGUUUCAAUAUCGUACCUUCAUUUCAUUCGCUGCAAUGUCUGAGCUAAAAGCAACCAUACGCAAAGUUUAUGCUAUGUGUUUUUACCUCUGUAGACUGUCUUAAAAUUUUGUGCACUGGUUUGCUUUGAUGCACAGUAAGUAUUAUGGAUAAUGAAAAGAAAAUCAGUUCUUUAUUGAGUGAAGAUAUGCAAAAAUCAAAUUUUUUCACAUUAUGGUGUUCAAAAAAUCAGAUAAGUAUGUCGUAUCACCCAGAACGCCAUCUCUUGGCACAGGCACCAGCAUUUUGAACAGUACAGCCAUAACAAAAGGCACCUCAGAACAGAAUGCAAAGAGCAUGUCUGUAGCAGCUAAAGGGUUAAAUCUUUCACUGAAAGAACUUUUACCACGUUGCUAUCUGUUACGUAGCACUCCUCCUCUGCCUCAAAAUAUAGUACGUAGUAGGAUGGAGAUUAAUGUCUCACGGCUAGUAGGUAGGUUGUUGAAAGCAGAGCAGUAACUUGCUUCACGCCAUGAUAGUAUGAAGAUUUUUUCUCAGCAUUUCCUUUACACCAAGGGAGUCAUGCCGGGAUUUGAAGCUGGUGUCUUAACCACACAAAACGGUUUUUUCCUCCAUUGCAUAAGCUGUGUUAAUGCAGAUGUGAAAUUGUAAACCUGUUAUACUACACUGUUGAGAUUCACCAUCUUCAAAUGCAGUGCUUAUACAAGUACCUUUCUUGAAGCUGAUGGCUUCCUGGGCAGCACAGUCAGCUUUUAAUCAAGUAGCUAUUAUGUUUAUGAAAUGUUACCAGUUUUUAAAAUGUGAUGGUAUAUAUAAAUGGAUUGAGUGUAUGUUCAUUGUGCUUGAUGUUGUAUUGAGUGAGAUUCCCAAUUACAACUGUAAUGUGGUCCAUUCUCUCCUUCCUUCUUUUGUAAUGAUGGUGAAGUACAAAUGCUGUGAACUUUUUGGCAAACACUGUCUCAUUUACGAAAGUGUCAUACACAUAAUAAAAUAAUGUACAUGUUGUUUGGAAA